UUUUCCAACAAUAUCAAAAUAAAAUAUAAACAAUAUAAGAAAAAAACCAGACACCGGCUUAAAAACACGGCCAAAGCGCCGCCACGCCGCCGCCCGCCGCCGCCGCGGUGUGCCGUGUCAGUGCAAUGAUCGAGGCUUGAAAGAAGAUUCACAUAAAGUAUCUCAACCUCCAGACCUCAGUAUCUCUUUGAGUGUUCACCGGGAAUGUUUGUUCAAUUAUUCGAAAAAGAGUGUUAAUUUAUUUUAUUUAAAAUUUUAAAGUUUUCAUAAACCCAACGAGUUCGAGGGUUUGUAGUUUGAGAUACCAGUUCUGUGAGGUAUCGUAUUCGUAAAGAGUCUACACAAAAUUUACAUGUCUGUUGAAUGUGUGGCUUGACGCUUGAGAUUCGUAAAUAUUGCCGCCCAAUCGUUACAAUCGAUCAUCGUGCUUAUAUGGUGUCGGUCGGUGCUUAAGCUCGGUGCAGCGCGAGGCGACAACCAUCAUCAUGACGGUGGUGACUGUGACGGUAACGAUGAUGAGUCAAGCUUGAGCGAUCUUCAGUGUUUUACAAGCUUUACCACUUGGCAGUGUAAUUGUUUUCGUUUUGGUCAAUAUCGGAUCACAAAAUAAACAGAAAUAGUGUAAGUGAUAGAUAUAAAUACAUAUUGAUAUUUCAAGGCCUUUCAGACACCAAAGCCUGUUCAAAAGUAUGCCGCACAACUAGGCAGGCUUAAUUUUUAAUUUGAGUGUUUUUCGUUAUAAGUUCGUUCUCUCAGUUUUACUCAAUAUUGAGUGUGACACAUGUAACCUACGAUAUUAUUAUGUGAUUUUUGAAAUCAAUUUGAUCUCUUCAAUGUCAUUCGUGUAUAAUACCUCAAGAGGUCUAUAAAAAAAAAACAAUAACCACAUAAAAACAACUUCGAUAUCAAAACCAUGAAGACCCUGACAGUUUUCAUGUUUGGCAUGAUUCUGGGCUUUUGCCUGUCACAAUUGUUGCACAUGACAUCUUGGACACCAAAUUAUUGUGAUGAUGAUUCAUUGGAUGUUAUUGCAUUACGCAGGAGGAAUUUGCGAGCUCGGUAUGAGGAGGAUGAAGAUGACUUAACAGAAAUCAUGUCCAAUAACCUGGUGGUGGUGGCGGCACCAAAUCAUGAUGGAAUUCCAUCUCAUAAGACCAUAAUCAAUGCAAACAACAACAACAAGAAAAAUUCCAUAGAAAAUAUCUCACUUGCAACACGAUUGUACAAUGAGACACGAGUAUUAUGUUGGAUAUUAACAGGACCGGCUAACCAUAUGAAGAGGGCAAUUCACAUCAAGAAGACCUGGGGAUCAAGAUGUAAUAAGUUGUUGUUCAUGAGUUCGGCCGAAGACGAAGAACUAGGAACGAUCAAGUUACCUGUUGGUGAGGGUAGAAAAAAUUUGUGGUUCAAGACGCGAGAGGCAUUCAAGUACAUUUGGGAUAAUCAUCGGAAUGAUGCAGAUUGGUUUCUCAAGGCCGAUGAUGAUACGUACGUGAUAGCUGAAAAUCUCAGGGCUUUCCUCUACCCCUAUUCAACAGAUUCUCCUGUUUACUUUGGUUGCAAAUUCAAACCUCAUGUGAGACAGGGAUACAUGUCCGGUGGUGCUGGCUACGUUUUGAGCCGUGAAGCUCUACGUCGCUUUGUUGAAUUAGCUUAUCCCAAUAAAACAAUUUGCCGUCAAAAUCAUGGAGGCUCCGAAGAUAUGGAAAUGGGAUACUGUCUGCAAAAUGUUGGAGUUGUAGCUGGUGAUUCUCGAGAUGAAGAUAAACGAGGACGAUUCUUUCCAUCUGGUCCUCAAUCACAUAUUAUUGCCAGAGAUAAAAGUCAUUGGUAUUGGAGAUAUAUAUUUUAUGCAACAGAUGAUGGUCUAAAUUGUUGCUCGGAUCAUGCAAUCUCAUUUCACUAUAUACAUCCGGAUACAUUUUAUAUGUUAGACUAUCUUAUCUAUAAGUUAAGACCAUUUGGUGUGAUUUAUAAAACUGAUAAAUUGGUGCCCAAACAUUUAGAUAUGAAUAAGUUCCUUGAUAAAUGGCGAAAUGAAACUUCAGAAAAUACUUUAUAAGAAAAAUUAACCUUAUCGAUGAAUUAAUAAAAAAACAAUUAAUAUUAAUGUAAAUAAGUGUGUAACAAAUGAUUUCAAAGACUUUAGUUUUGUAGGUAAUUAAAAGAAGAUUAAUGUAACAGUACGCUUAUAUUGGAACUAUUAGACAGAAAUUGAAAUAAAUAUUAUUGCAUAAGUCUUAGAUUUAGAAAUAAAAUGUUGUGUUAUCUAUAUUAAAAUAAACUCACUUAAAAA